AUGCGUUUCUCUACUAUCUUCGUCGCCGCCCUUUCUUCCGCUGGAUUCGCUAUGGCGACCACCUCCAAGAACGGAAUCGUACAGAACGGAGCUUUCAACUCCGAUGCAUACGGCUGGGACGUGAACACCUAUAGGGAAGGUGUCGUCGGUUGGGGUCCCGACAUCUCGCAGCCUCACGGUUCUCCUCCCUUGGUCUUGGGAUGGCACUGGGACUACAAACACGUCAAAGACGGAACUAUCGCCCCUCACUUCGGUAUCCUCUCUCAGCAGAUCAACAACUUGAUUCCCAAUGGCUACUAUACCCUAAGCUUCGCCGCUUACAACGACAACACCAACACCGACUCCGACUACUUCCUUCGAGUCAAGAUUGAUGAUAACCAGAUAAGCGAGGGUAGUUCGCUGGGCUUGACAAACCUGGUGACUACGUUCGAGAUCACCUUCCAAGCGCCCGCUUCGGCCGCCCAGGGAGUCAAACUCUCUUUCGAGAGCCAGAACAAUGCCGGAAGCGUAUUCCUCGACGAGAUCGGCAUCACCGCCAAACUUACCGCCUCCCAAUCCGUUGUCCAAGCUCGUCGUCGUCGAUUGGCCGAAAAGAGGGAUACGCUCUGUUCCCGUCCGAGCGAGAAGGCUUGUCCGAUUGGGGGGUGGCCUUAUAGGGUCGAUCUGGCGGAGAACGCUGCUGUUUUGAAGAAGGUCGGCUGGGAAUGUAUCGACACCGCACAAGAGCUUGAAUCGUGUGGUGGAUGCGCUUCCGUACCUGGCGAUGGGGUCAACUGUCUCGCGAUCCCUGGAGUUGACGCUUAUGGAGUGUCGUGCACGACGGGUCAAUGUGUGAUCGAUGCUUGUGAGGAAGGAUACACGGUCUCGGCAGAUCAGUCCACCUGUGUCCCCAACUGAGGCAGCUUGAGUUACUUCGGCCGAGCGAACCUCCCGGAUACGAUAUCCAUGGACAAUUUCCUAUAUCCUAGUGACUGCGGAUCAGCAGCUGUACGACCUAUGUAAU